AAAAAAUAAAUAAAAAGAUAAAUUAAAGCGUAAAAAUGCCCUUUGAUGAAAAGCUUCUUGUGGGUGUUACCUGUAAGCACCUGCGUGACAUUAUCCAUGAGCAUCUUUGCACUUGAGGGAAAAUUUAAGUACAUUCUACCUUAUUAACUGAGCAUUCUCACUUUUCCUUAUUCACGAAUUUCAGACGACGAAUCCUAAAUGCAGCGGCACCAUUCAAUGCCCUAUUUCGACUAUGAAGGAGGUGAAUAGGAAAGGAGCGGUGGGCAUGGAUUGUUUAAGCCACGGAAACUAGGCAGCCAAUACAGAUCACAAGGACACACGGGUGUAUUUAGUGAUAUUUUGACACUCAGAAGCUUGCUUGCUGAUUUUUCAAUCAUAGUUUAGCAUAUCAGUGGAUACAUUUCCUAUCAACUGAGUGAAGAAGAUGGGUCUUUGGACAUUACUUGAAGGAUGUUUACUGAUAGCAAAUGCUCUAGCCAUACUAAAUGAAAAUCGAUUUUUGGCUCCUCGAGGGUGGAGCUUUUCUGAAUUUUCAGGAGACCAAGGAAGAUCCUUAAAAGCACGAGCCAUUGGGCUAAUUUAUGCUACACAAUACUUGAGGAUGCCUUUGAUAGCUUUAAAUGCCAUCACAAUAGUGAUCAUGGUUGUUUCAGGCUAGCUAUGAUGUCAAUUCUACACCCACAAGAUUAUUUGUUUUGUAUUUCAGUAUAGAUAACUUUAAUUUGUUUAGUGCAAUGUGAUCAUAGGCAAAUUUUGAAUAGCCCUUUGGCUAUAAGGGCUCUGAUUUCUGGAUCCAUGAUGCUUUGAUUGGAUUUAGAUGUUUUGCUUUCAAAACAUAUUUGGCAAAUUGCCAGUCAUCUACCUGGUUUUUGGUUGAUGGUGUUCAAAUUGUAUAUGUAUGUAGUUCAAUAACUCUCAUUGUUUGCUGUGCUUUUUUUGGCACUUUAAUUAAGGGCAAUCCUGCCAAACUUGUGGAUGUGAUUCCCUUUGAUUUCAA